UACUGAAAAAAGAGGAAAGAAAGAAAAAAGAAAAAAGAAAAAAGGAAAAGGAAAGGAAGAGAGAAAUUUAAGAAAUAGCAAUUUGCAAGCUCAGAGAAAUUGUCAAACACGUCCAUGGAUUCCAAUUCUUCUUCGUGAGAGUUGAAGCGACCGAAGAAAAACUAAAUCCCUUCAAACAAGUUCCGAGAGAAGAAGCUUCACCUCUCCGCGCCCCUCAAUUGCAGGGCUCUGGUCAAUGCGAAGAGGAGGAAGACGAAGAGGGAAGCCUAUACAUAUAUAUUUGUAUUGGUUGUUGAGCUCCGACACAGAGAUCUGCCCUGCGAAAUUGUUUUUGUUUCACUGGCGUAAUUUUAGGAGUGGGGUGUAGCUGUAGAGCAAGAUGAGUGGCGGUGGCAGUGGCAGUGGCAGUGGUGCUUCUCCAAGCACCAGAGAUUUGAUCUGCCACGCCGGCGCUGGUGCUGCUGCAGGUGCUAUAGCUGCAACGUUCGUCUGCCCGUUAGACGUGAUCAAGACGAGGCUGCAAGUGCACGGUCUUCCAUCUGGUCAAAGAGGAGGUAGUAUUAUUAUCACUAGCCUACAAGACAUAAUGCGUUCGGAAGGUUUCAGGGGAAUGUACCGUGGCCUUUCACCAACAAUAGUAGCACUUCUUCCAAACUGGGCUGUCUACUUCACAGUUUAUGAGCAUCUAAAAGGCCUACUUCAUUCAGAUGGGGAUAAUGGUCAACUCUCAUUUGGUGCAAAUAUGGUUGCUGCUGCUGGCGCUGGGGCAUGUACUGCCAUUGCAACAAAUCCUUUGUGGGUUGUUAAGACCAGACUUCAAACACAGGGAAUGAGGCCUGGUGUGGUUCCUUACACAGGCAUGGUUUCAGCAUUUACCAGGAUCAUACAGGAAGAAGGAAUCCGUGGGCUUUACAGUGGUAUCGUCCCUUCACUGGCCGGGAUAAGUCAUGUUGCAAUCCAAUUUCCAGCUUAUGAAAAGCUCAAAUCGUAUAUGGCAAAAAGAAAUAACACAACCAUUGAAAAGCUAAGUCCAGUACAUUUAGCUAUUGCCUCCUCAUUGUCAAAAAUUACAGCCUCAGUAACAACUUACCCGCAUGAGGUAGUUCGCUCCCGGCUGCAAGAGCAAGGCCAAGCCAGAAAUGUUGCCGUUCAAUACUCAGGAGUCAUGGACUGUAUCAAAAAGGUUUUCCAAAAGGAAGGUUUUGCUGGCUUUUACAGGGGUUGCACGACAAAUUUGUUGCGAACAACUCCGUCAGCUGUAAUAACUUUCACCAGCUAUGAGAUGAUACAUAGGUUCAUGCUGCAAGUUAUACUUCCAGGCGAGGAGAAAUACUCCGAAACUCGUACGAAUUCAGAUGGCCAUGUGAAGGCCCAAAAAGCGAGCGGAGGCAAUUUAAAGGAAGAUAGUGAUUCCAACAUACAGCAAUCACAACCCCAACCAAGUAAGCAAACUAGAACCCCUUUGGGGAAAAAAGAACAGUUAGCAUCUAGACACUGAUUAAAUCUCGUUUGCCUUUUGUUUUUUUGUUUUUUUGUUUUUUGUUUUAAAUUUUCAAUUUAAAGAUCUGAACAAUAAAAUUUUCUGAUGGUGAAUAAACGCACUCUCUCUGUGUGCCGUGAAUUUUUGAACAUGUUUACUGGUUGGUGAUGCUAUAGAAAAAUUGUAGCAUCCUGACAUAUACCUCUAACCAUGAGGUUGUGAGUUCGAUCCCCAACCCCCACAUGUUGUACUCAAAAGAAAAACUGUAGUAUCCACACGUCUCUGUAGUGUAUGAAGCCAUAUGAAACUUGUAUCUGAUUGAGUCUAGAAAUUUUGGAGAUGAGAUGCUGAGCAAAUUAUUGAUUGAGUGGAUAAGAAUUCAUUUGGUAAA